AUGUACGCACCAGAACAGCUUGCCACGAAGAGGCCAGCGGCACCGCAGCCUAUCAACGACCAUCGUCCAUCUGACUCGGAGGACUCGUACGAUAGCGACGACAAGGUCAAGAUGAUCGUCAACAAGCGCCGGAAGACAGCGAUCGACGACGAGCUGACAAGUGCCGACGCCAAGGACACCAUCACGCCUUCCGACACUCACCAAGUCCCUUCCACCUCCUCCCAAUCAGCAACGACCGGUGUACAUGCUUCCCAGUCUAGCUCUGCGGCUGCCCACCUGAUCGAGGCUGCUGAAGACGAGAAGCGGGCGAUGGAUAAGCGGUGGGAAAGCGGUGAGAAUCGCGCUCGCACCGUCGGCCGGCCGCCAGCUGAUCGGACCGAUCUGUCAACAGCCGUCGCAAACGGACAGCAGGGGCUCGAAUGCAAGACUGUGGCGCCCGCAGGCAAGUUGGAAGGCAAUGUUUCAUCCUGCUCAGAUUGCAUUGCAUCCGAUUCCGCCAAGACUGAACAGUCCGAGCAUACGUCGCGCCAGGUGCUUCACACUGAUCUAGUAACCGUACCCGGACAGCUUUGA